CAAAGUAUCUUCAGUGAUUGCUGAAGAGGUUGAUGGCAGUAAUUACGAUGUCUAUCCGGAUAUCAAAUAUGAAUGGUGGAACCCAAAUAUGGAUAUUAACGCAAAAACCUACCUGGAUGCAUGGGAUGUAUUAGAAUAAAUUACCGCUGAUUUACUCUCGAAAGAUCAACAGCCCACUUCACUGAUGAGGUCCAAGACACCCAUAAGAGAGGAGGACUGAGCAGGCCCCUCGCCAGCACGGCUCUCCUCUGGAGAAGCCCCAGUACAACAGCAGCUUUUCCCCAUCCAACUCCCUAGGACCCUGUAGUCCUGCCCUCCACAUUUCCUGUCUUAGUGGGUCCCCACGAGCAUUCAAAACUGUUUCUCCAACGCUUCUACCAAAAACUCAGACUGUUUUCCAGAGCAGAAGCAGCGGUUGGGCCCAGCUGCUCCUCCUCCCAGGGGGAAGCCAUGGGGAGCGUGCGUAGCCAUCGCUACAGCAUUGUCUCCUCCGAGGAAGACGGCAUGAAGCUGGCCGCCAUCGCCGCCGUGCCCAAUGGCUACGCCAACGGCACGGUGGCCAAGGUUCACGCGGCGCAGCAGCAGGCUGUGAGCCGCUUCGUCCAGAAGGACGGCCACUGCAACGUGCAGUUCAUCAACAUGAGCGAGAAGGGCCAGCGUUACCUUGCCGACCUGUUCACCACCUGUGUGGACAUCCGCUGGCGCUGGAUGUUGAUCAUCUUCUGCCUGUCCUUUCUCCUCUCCUGGCUCUUCUUCGGCUUCGUCUUCUGGCUGGUAGCUCUCUCCUACGGUGACCUGGAGAAUGAGACACAGAUGUGCGUGUCCAACGUCAACAGCUUCACCGCCGCCUUCCUCUUCUCCGUGGAGACGCAGACCACCAUUGGCUAUGGCUACCGCUACGUGACCGAGGAGUGUCCCGUGGCCGUCUUCAUGGUGGUCUUCCAGAGCAUCUUCGGCUGCAUCAUCGACGCCUUCAUCAUUGGCGCCGUCAUGGCUAAGAUGGCCAAGCCCAAGAAGAGGAACGAAACGCUGCUCUUCAGCCACUACGCCACGGUGGCCAUGCGGGACAGCAAGCUGUGCCUGAUGUGGCGCGUGGGGAACCUGCGCAAGAGCCACCUGGUGGAGGCCCACGUGCGCGCCCACCUCCUCAGGUCGCGAACCACGGCUGAAGGCGAGUAUAUCCCCCUGGACCAGAUGGACAUCGACGUGGGCUUCGACAGCGGCGUCGACCGUGUCUUCCUGGUGUCGCCGAUCACCAUCGUCCAUGAGAUCGACGAGGACAGCCCCUUGUACGAGAUGAGCAAACAGGAGCUGGAAACGUCCCAGUUUGAGAUGGUGGUGAUCCUGGAAGGUAUGGUGGAAGCCACGGCCAUGACCACCCAGUGCCGCAGCUCCUACGUGGCCAGCGAGGUUCUCUGGGGCCACCGCUUCGAGCCAGUCCUGUUCGAGGAGAAUAACUACUACAAGGUGGACUACUCACGCUUCGAGAAAACCUACGAGGUGAGCAGCACGCCCCAGUGUAGUGCCAGGGAGCUGGCCGAGAAUAAGUCUCUGGUCUCUUGCUCCAACUCCUUCUGUUACGAGAACGAGGUGGCCCUUGAAAAAGUGGAGAUGGAGGAGACGUUUGACGAGGAGAAAGAGGAGGAUGGGGAGGAGAAGGAGGAGGUAAAAAUGGAGGAUCAGGGUGCUAUUGAGAACGGCAUUGAGAACGCAACACUGGAGGAGACAAACACAGACACAGUCUCUGUACAUUCUGAACACAAUCAGGAUACCAGGAGUCUGACGAUGCCUUCAGAAGCAAGGCCUCUAAGACGAGAAUCAGAAAUAUGACUGCAGAGAUGUUAGGGGGGAAAUACUACAUUAAAUACUAUUAUGAUAGGUUUGACCUUUGCUCCUAACGGCUGUCUGUACUACUGCAAGAUGGUUUGACUGUGAGGUGAGUGUCAUUUUCUGAGGAAGACACUAAGGCACAAGCGAAUACAGAAUUAACAGACCAGAGAAUAUAAUGCAAUAUUAUUUAUUCUCUUCACACAAGUCCCUCAUCUGGUGGGAAGCGAUGGUAGAUUGACUGAGAGGAGUUGAUGGCUCUUCUGGCCCGUGGCACUAUAGGAAUGAGACGGGUUAGGUAGCAUUUUAUACUGUGUGUGUGUGUGUGUGUGUGUGUGUGUGUGUGUGUGUGUGUGUGUGUGUGUGUGUGUGUGUGUGUGUGUGUGUGUGUGUGUGUGUGUGUUUGUGUGCGUGAGCAUUUGAAAGUCGCAAGAGAACAUUAGAAAGUUGUCACAUUGAGACACUCCACAUGAAAAAAUUAUAUAUACCUUUACUUUCGUAGUAUUACUAUAUUUAUAUACUAUAGUAUUUACUGUAGUGUUCUUGCGGAUCUGUCUGUAGUAUACUGUGGUAUUUACUAUAGUGUUUUUGCAGACAUUAUUCUAGUAUACUGUAGUAUUUACUGUAGUGUUUUUGCAGACAUUACUGUAUUAUACUGUGGUAUUUACUAUAGUGUUUUUGCAGACAUUACUGUAGUAUACUGUAGUUUUUACUGUAGUGUUUUUGCAGACAUUACUGUACUAUACUGUAGUAUUUACUAUAAUAUUUUUGUUUUAUUCUCUUUUGUUAUCUAUCUGUGGCACAAAUUGGGGUGUGGGGGAAGGACAUAUGCAAAUUCAAUAUUAGCAUACCAAUACAAUGUGUACUGUAGUAUUCUACAGUAUUCAAAAAAUUAUAUAGUAAGCACUACAUCAGGGUUCCCCAACUAGUGGCCCGCGGGCCGACUAUUUGGCCCUCCAAGUUUUCAUUAUUUAUCAUUUUCAUUGUUGGACAUAAAAGACUGUAAAAACACCAGGAAAUCAGUUACAAGUUAUUUUUAUUUGGGAAAUCUGUUGCCAACUAUUCCCACGCGUAAUAGACACGUGAUCAUAUACAAAUAUAAGCAAAGUUUGAAAUUGUUAUGUUUUAGUCAAAUAUUAUAUAUUUUUGGGCUUCUUGCGACCAAUCUGCAAAUUAUUUGAAAUGAUGUUUCGGCUCCCCGACCACCUGCUCUAGAAAACAUCAGCCCGUGGCUGAAUCUAGUUUAUGAUCUUUGCACUACAUGAUCGAGGGAUACUACAGUGUAUAGUAUAGUACUCUACAGUAUACUACAAAAUUCCGUAGUAAGCACUAUACGAUCAAGGGAUACUACAGUGUGGAGUAUAGUAUUCUACAGUAUACUACAGUUUGCUACAGUUUAAUCGCUGUAAACGCAACAACCAAAGAGAUGUUUCUAUUUGCAUAUUUUGUAAAUAUGAGCUGCCCCGAUAUUUUGAAUUAGCUUAGUGAAUUAGCUUAGUGUUGUUUACUUGGACUAAUUAAGGGUGGCUGGAGAGGGAUAGUGUUCGUAGCAGGGAAGGAGUGUUGUAUUCCCAAUCAACCAGCCUAUCCUAUUGUGUUCUCAACUUUCCAAAUAGCUGUGGAAAUAUAGGAAAUGUAUGUUAUCCAGAACAAAGGGAAGAGAUCAUUUUUUUGUGUAAAAGAUUGUGUCAGUUAGAUGCCAAGAGAUGUAGCUACAGCAUGUAGUUAUUUUCUUCAUUUUACUGUUGCACAGUUUGACAAUCUAAAAGUAUAGACAGCUUAAUCUCUGUACAAAAAGUAUAUUUCAUUUUUCACCCUUUGAAAAGAAUCUUUGAAGAUUACAUGUAAUACCACUAAUUUGGCCACAGUUUUCCAACAACCUCAUCUAUGGUGUGUGUGUGUGUGUGUGUGUGUGUGUGUGUGUGUGUGUGUGUGUGUGUGUGUGUGUGUGUGUGUGUGUGUGUGUGUGUGUGUGUGUGUGUGUGUGUGUGUGUGUGUGUGUGUGUGUGUGUGUGUGUGUGUGUGUGGCGUGCAUCUGUGCAUGUGUGUAUCUAGCGCUGCAUAGCUCAUAUUAGUGUGGUACUGUACAUUAUGCUUCAGUCCAUCUUCUUGUUGUCUUAGUACAGAUGUAGGAUCUUAAUUUGACCGGUAUUGUCACAGCAAAAUAAUCCUGCAGCAACCAGAUUUGAGUAUUUAGUCUUUUUCGCCAAUGUAAUGUUGCUUGAUCAGUGGUUAGGCUAUUACCUGGCCAAAGUUUGGCUACAUGAAAAGUGCAAUAAUGAUAAUAUAACCGUGUGUUAGUGCGGGUUUUCAGUGAAUGUAUGUAAAUCGCCAAGCUCAUCUGCAUUCCUCCAGCGCAGGAACAUUUUCAGCGGCAACAGAGUGGUCAAAUUAAGAUCCUACAUCUUUAUAGCAUCUUUUGCAACGUGAGCCUUAACGCAAGUCUCAGUAACAUGAGCCAUCACUUGAGAUUUGGCUUUAAAAUAGCUCACAGUGCAAGAGAUGUCAUAUAAACUGGCAUGAAGAUACAUCUCAACGGUCCAGGGGUACCUAGUACAGGGGUUCCCAAACCUUUUUGGCCCGCGACCCCAUUUUGAUAUUUUGACCUACGAUCGUGAAAAAAGUGAAGUAAUCAGCAGCCAAUGUUUACUUUUUAAAUUUGGGCUAUGACAGUUUAUUACAAAUCAGUCUGACAGUACUUUUGAAGUAAGUAUAGUUUGAAGUGACUGAAAUGCAUCAGAAAGGUAUUGGGAAGUUCAGAAGAUCCUCAGGCAAUAAUUGUGUAUGAUCUUCUGUGUAGAAAAUAACAUCCUCAUUGAUAAUGUUCUUUUCACCCAGUCUGAUUUAGUGCCUGGUCUUGUCAUAAUGAUUUUGGUCAGAAGGAAACAUAAGACACAUGCAGGAUGUGCUCCUGAGUGUGUUAUUUUUCAGUGAUGGGGUCAUAAUAUUGUGCAGCUUAAACGGUUAAAAAGAUAGAGCCUCAUUUGUAGGAAGAAAACACAAACCGCUCUGUUUAUUACAACCGCAUAUAGUGCCAAACGGAGGUUACUGAUGUAACCCCGGUUCUAUGAACCAAGCGCGAUUUAGUUAAUUUUAUUUCAGUUUCUCUCAUGACCCCAUUUUAAAAUCAGGCAACCACACAUGAGGUAGCAAUCCCUACUUAGGUAAACGCUGACCUAGGAUGAGAUGAAGAAGGAUAAGACAGUGAUUUCAUUCAAUGGAACUCCCACUGAAUAGAUGUGUUAAAUAGGUCAAUUGAACUGGACCAAAACAAUGGAAUUUCCAUUGUAAAUGGAUGGGGGAAAGAGCAGUGGGGAAAGCUCCCAGGUCUCCUCAUUGCCCCCCAGCAAAAUGUGCCUACAUUAAGGCAAUAUUUUAUGUGUACAGUGCCUUCAGAAAGUAUUCAUACCCCUUGACCUAUUCCACAUUUUGUUGUGUUACAGCCUGAAUUCGAAAUUGAUUAAAUAUAUGUUUUUUUUCUCACCCAUCUACUAGGUAUCCCGCUUUCCCUUUCCCUUACACACCAUACCCCAAAAUGACAGUGAAACAUGUUUUUAGAAAUGUCUGCUAAUUUAUUCAAAAUUAAAUAAAUAAAUAUCUAAUUUACAACUAUUCACACCCCUGAGUCAAUACAUUUCAGAAUCACCAUUGGCAGUGAUUACAAAUGAAUUAAUUUGUUGAAAAUUCCACUUUGACAUUAUGGGGUAUUGUAUGUAGAUCAGAGAGACAAAAAUCAAUAUUUUAUCAAUUUACAAUUCAGGCUAAACACAGCAAAAUGUGUAAAAAGUGUGAAUACUUUUUGAAGGCACUGUAUUUCACACUAUGUUGAGGUAAAAAUCAGAGUAUAUUGUUUGUAUGGAUGUCAACCUCAACACAUGUUGACGUCAUCGUCACCAAUCAACUGCAUUACAGUUAAAAAACUAAUUUGACUACCACCACAGAUUUCUGUAUGCUAAGCUAUGCUUAUCAGCUUAUACGAACGGGAGUUAGCAUUUAGUAGUCACUUCUUCUAAACUUCUACGACUUCUACGAAAACAGCCAAAUAUAUCCAAAUCGGACUUAAUCCUUGCGUCAAUCUAAGUAAUUCACCUGUGCGUCAAUCUAAGUAACAUAAUAACAAAUCCCCAUCAAAAUCUGUCACUUUAAACAAGAGAUACAUUUUUUGUAAGACCGAAAAUCGGUCUUUUCACGAAAACGGCUGUAGCAUCCGAAUGGUUUGGCCUACAAACUAAUAUGACCAUUCUAUGGAAACACGAUGUUGAUCUCCGUUUUGCUCUACGACCCCCAUAAUCCCCACGGGACUUGUCUGAAGUCAGUAAUGCUGAUGUGCCAACUUCUAUCUGUAGUUUCUGAACUGUUUGGGCUACAAACUAAUAUGACCCCACUGUGGAAAGGGGAGACUCUCACGAACACAUUUGCGUUCCAUUGACUCCUUUACUGCAUCUAUGGACCUGAAUGAAUUGGAUUAGAACACUUGGUUCCCAUCUUUUAUGACAUCAUCUCUGUCUCCUUCUGUAUGUCAGUCUGGGCUGGUGUGUCCGGCCAGACCGCUCAGGAUCCAGACACCCUGAGCUAGAAAGCUGGAAGGGAGUGGGCAGAUGAAUGUAGGUAAUAAAGUGCUGCUAAGUUACAUAUUGAAUGGUUAGAAUGAAACGUAGGAGUCAAAGUGUAUUAUUUGUCUGUUAAAAGUAUCCAUUUUGAAUAACAGUAAAAAUGUGGAGGUACUUAUUUCAUUCCAAACCAUGUAGAAAGACCUGAUUCUAUCAGUGCUAACAGUUAUACAAAGCUACAGUGCACUUUCCUCUUCAAGAGAACACCCCCCCUCCUCCAAUUCCAUGACACUGACAGUAGAAACCUUUCAUUUUAUUCAGUUUUUGCGUAAAGCCAAAUGCACAUAAAACCUUGAUCUGUUCUUUUUUUUGUUGUUGAUUUGAAACCAUCUGUUAUCAUAUAAUGUCGACUACUACUGUGUAUUUAGAUCAGUGUUUUGGCCUUGUCUGACAGGGGACAUUACAAACCUUGUUACUUUGCUGUGUGUGAUUAGUCUCCUUAGAAAGACGGGUUACCUCCCACAAUGUUCAGUGCUGUUGCCCAAGGGUCUGGGAAGACUAGUGUGUGCUGGGGCUUGUGAAGAGGGAGCAGAGCUGUUGUUUUGUCACUUCUGAAAGGACCAGCACUUUGUGUUGUCACAUUGCUUUAAGGCAUGGUGCAUAGAGUAUGAGGCGGACAAGUUCUCUUAUCUUUCAGACACAGACAGUGCGGCACACAAAAGCUGAACAGACAGACAGAAAUGUGUGCACACAUACAGGCACACACACGUACACACUAAUGCACACGCACUAGACGAGUUAUAGUCGUAAAAAAUAUGGAGCUUUUUAUUCUGGCUAUAUACAGUAGGCCUAACGAAUCUUCACAAUUUGUUACCGUAGACAGCAACAAAUUCUAUUCUGAAUGUACGUUUAGUGUUGAAAUUGUUUGCAACUUGCUCUAAAGUGUCACUUUCUAUUGCCUAUGUCAUUAACAUAGACAAAUACAAAUGUUUAGUUUUUUAUUGUUAGCAAAUUCUUCAUAAGAAAAUGUGUAUCAGAUUAUAUAUAAGAGAAUGUCCAUGGAGGUGUGAUACACUGUAUCCCCAUGACAGAGUUUGUGUGUAUUGGGUUGUCAUACGGUGAUGCCAGGUCAGCCACUGGUACGGCCCCGUUUCAUUCUUCCCUUCUAUGUACCUUUCAUCUUCUUCUUUUGAGUCUAUUUUUCUAUCAGAGUCUUCCUAUAAUGUCCUGCACAAACCAGAAGUUGUACAGAUUUUUUUUAUUUUGUGAAUUAUAUUGUAGAUACAUAUUAAUAUUGCAGUUGUUGAUAAUAAUAUUAUUAUUAUGUCUGUGACAAUUUUGUUUAGUCUUUUUCAAUAAAAAGUAACAUAAAUCCUCAAAAACA